UGCAGGUGCACAUCUCUAAUAUAAUUUCUUAGUAAACAACAACAGUUGGUUUCACCUACAAAUUUGACCCGGCAUCUGAUUAUCAAAAUGAUAAGUAAACUAAGAUUUUCCAUUCGCCACGUAUAGAGCUGAUAUUGUGUUUCCCUUAAAAAAAAGAAGGAAACACACAGGGAACCUAUUAUUGUCCCACUCUGAAGGAGUAAAGUAUUUAUUUAUAUGGAUCUCAGCAUCUAAGUCGAUAACUAGGAAGCAAUGGCUAAGAGACAGGCCUGGGAGCACAUGCGCCAUGUUUUUCAGGGCGCAGUGAACGCAGUGCAUCCGGAAAGGAUAUUUGCCGACUAUACCCUUCACGAUUUUCGACCGAGAGAACAGGAUCAGCGUGUCUACAUCAAGCUGGAUGGCAAACAACAGGAUAUAACUGGCAAAACCUGCCACAUUGUGGGUUUCGGCAAGGCCGUGCUGGGCAUGGCCAACAAGGUGCAGCUCGAUCUGGGUCCAUGCUCUGCCGGCGGUGUGCUGAGCGUGCCACAUAACAGUUUGCAGCAGUACAAGCAGCCCGUCUGCCAGAAUCUGACCAUAUAUGAGGGUGCACCCAACAAUUUGCCUGAUGAGACGGCUCUGCAAGCGGCUCAGACGAUCAAGAAGCUGGCCGAGAGCAUGACGCCCAAGGAUGUGCUCUUGGUAUUUAUCUCAGGCGGCGGCUCGGCGCUGUUGCCGUUGCCCAGGCCACCGCUUACCCUGCUGGACAAGCGCAACAUUGCGGACAAGCUGAUGAAGCAUGGUGCCAGCAUCCAGGAGCUGAACACAGUGCGCAUAGCCUGCUCGGACAUCAAAGGAGGUCGCUUGGCGCAGGCUGCUCAACAUGCGGGCCUGUUAAUCACCCUUGUGCUGAGCGAUAUUGUGGGGGAUCCACUGGAGUUGAUUGCUUCUGGGCCCACCAUUCAGCCCAGCAGCGCAACGGGCCAGUCUGCGUCAGAUAUCUUAAAGCAGCACAAAGUCUGGGAUGAACUUUCGCCGCAGCUACAGCAACUCUUCGAGCGGGACACUCCACAGCCGCAGCUAGGAGCACUUGAUAGUAAAGUGUAUGUGGUGGGCAGCAAUAAGAUAGCCACCACAGCAGCUGCACAUGAAGCCGCCCAAUUGGGCUACAUACCCUGCGUGCUAAGCUGCUCAAUACAGGGCGAUGUGAGCAACGUUGCCGCGGAUUAUCAGCGUCUGCUACACGGCAUUCAGGAGUACAAGCAGCGCACAAUCAAUCAACAGCAGCUGUGUGAAAGAUUUGCAUAUGGCGAGCGACAUUUGCAGGAUUUUCUCAAGGCGCUGGAGCAGCAUAUAUCAACAAAUGCCCCGCUGUUUCUGAUCUGCGGCGGCGAGCCGGUCAUCAAGGUCACCGGUCUGGGUCUGGGCGGACGCAGUCAACACUUGGCGCUGCUCAUGUCGCAGAUGCUGCACCGGGAUGAGUUGCUGAGCGAUUGUGCAUUUUUCAGCGCUGGCACGGAUGGCAUCGAUGGACCCACGAAUGCAGCUGGCGCCAUUGGCGACAGCUGUGUCAUUGAUGCCUACCUGGCCAACCAUACGCUGGACGAGCUGGCCGAGAUGCUGCGGAAUUGUGAUAGCUACAACUUCUAUAGCCAAUUGGCAGAUGGUGGCUACCAUGUGCUCACUGGGCAUACGGGCACCAAUGUCAUGGACUUGCACUUCCUAGUAGUGCCGUAAUACUAGUCUUGGGGCAGGGCAGCAAGAGGGCGGACUAUAUUUUUUUGUUAAUGAAGUUGCUCUUGAAAGCCAAGCAGGGCAUAGUUUCAAUUUGUUUAAUAAGUGUACAGACAGUUUUUACGAUUUUCCUGUUUAAUUUUUUCUUAUACAUUUUUACGACUCGUUUCAUUAACAUUUUUAAUAUGCAUUUAAUGACAAGUAUUCUCUAUUCUGUAUCUAUGCGAAGCUCUUUAUGCUGCGCGCGCUCGCUUCUCAAGUGACAAACAUAAAAUCGCAAUUGGCCUUUUCCUCUUCAUGAAAAUGAAAUAAAAAUUGUGUCUUAUGAAAUGAGCAAUCAGCAAAUAUAUAUUUGGCUACCA